AUGCUCACGAGCGAGACGAACGUCGUCACGCUCUUGCUCGGGUACCCCAACGCCUUCCCUAUCUGCCCUAAGUUGUCGAUCGCCUGUGCCGCCGAUCCCGAACGUGAUCGCCGUGAACAGGAUUAUCAUGUCGAUGCUGAAGACCGCCUGCAGGAUGUUGUAGUCCUCGCCGCGCUCCGGCGGCCGGAACACGUCCUUCCACCACGGAGGGAGGCUGGUUUUUAUUUGACUUGGUUUGGUGUUUGCAUAUUGGCUAUCGUCGUGGGUCACGACAUUAAUUAUCUGAGUUCGAUUAUGAGUAGUAGUCGUCGUCUCCGUCUGCGUCGUCUCGGAGGACUUGAACUGUUCCCUCAAGACGAUCGCGAGCGGAGCGAAGAGGAGAACAACGACGAUGGUCGCACUGACGGCGUAUUCUGCUCGGGUGAAAACGACGCUGUUUUGAAGGAUGAUCAGAGCCAUGAGGAAACCGGCGAGGCCGAGGGAGAUGUCGUUUUCCGGCCGGCUUCCGCCGGAGUUCAUGAGUCGGACGGUUCGGAGAAAAACGAGGGAGACGGUGGCGGGAAGCCAUGCGAUGAGGAGGAUGAGUGCUUUCGAGUCGUGGCCGUAGAGCGCGUGGAAGAUUUGCGUCAUGAUGGCGCCGCUAAGGCCGGUGAAGCCCUUGAGGAGGCCGAUGACUACGCCGCGGCUUUGGGGGAAGUUUUUGACGCAAGUGACGAGGGCGCCGGUGUUGGAGAAGGUCUGGGAGUUGGCGCCGAGGCAGAUGUAGGCGCAGAUUUGCCAGACGGGCGGGCGGUGGAUUUUGCCGGCGACGGCGAGCCAGAUGAGGAAGUAGCCCGAGAAGUUCAUGGCCAUGCCGAUGGCGAGGACGACCCAAGGAGGGGUGAACUCGUUGAUGACGCCGGAGGCGAUGGCGAUGUUUCCGCCGAGGUCUUUGAAGAAGCCGAUGAGGUUGAGGGUGGUUUGGUCGUAGCCGAGGGAUUUUUUGAUGUCGGUGGAGUAUAUGCCGAAGAUGUAGGUGGCGCCGGACAUGGACAUGAUGAGGAGGCAAGCGAAGACCAUGAACCAACGGCCGGCGAGAGCCUGCCGGAGGAGAAGGGCUCGGCUGAGCUUAACCUCAGUCAUGUUGAGUUUGAUGUUUGUGGUGGUGAUGAGAAGAGGACAAUGGUUGGGUGA